AUGACCGACCUCCUCCGACGAUUCUCCAGUGAACCUCACCAUGGCAACAAGGCACAUGGUUCUAAUCAGUCAUCUACGCCAGCGGGGGCAAAUACGAGCAACAAUGAUGGGAAGAACGGAGUAUUCAAGCCGCCCCAUCGAACUGCCUCGCCUUUCCAACCACCACCCUUAUACCCUAUCACCCUGAAGGGCUAUCAUUCAAGCACAUCAUCCUCCGCACAAUUGCUCAGCCGGACGCUGGCAGAAGAGAUUCGUCUGCUGGUGCCGCCACGACUGCAGUUAUGCGAGGAAUGGAAUCUCGUCUACAGCUUGGAUCAAGACGGUGUUAGCUUAGGAACUCUAUACAAGAAAUGCGAUGAUCUGCGCGGACUACGGAAUGGAUUUGUGCUCGUUGUUAAAGAUGGGGAUGGAGGUCUGUUCGGCGCCUAUUUAACAGAGGCACCGCAUCCAAGUCCCCAUUACUACGGGACGGGGGAAUGUUUCCUCUGGCGGGCCAGCAUCCUCUCUCCUCCUGCGCGACCCGCCACUUCAAACAACAGCCUCGCACCCCCCACAUCGUCUGCUUCGUCCUUUGCCUCAGGCACUUCGACCCCAGAUCGUAUCCGCUUCAAAGCCUUUCCCUAUUCCGGAGUUAAUGACUAUAUGAUACUUUGCGAGACGGGGUUUCUGAGUGUAGGGGGCGGGGAUGGACAUUAUGGCUUAUGGCUAGAUGACACGUUUGAGAAGGGCAUCAGUAGUUCGUGUCCGACGUUUGGGAAUGAGCCGCUGAGUGACGAAGGCGAGAAGUUCGAUAUCCUGGGCGUCGAAAUCUGGUCAAUUGGGAAUUUGCGUGGCUGA